AUGAGAAUGAGGUUGAAUGAAUUGCGAAUGAACAGAAGAUUGAACAAGGAAGUGGAUUGUGAGUUGAUCAAGAUGUAUGGUGGACAAGAGAGUGAAAGUUGUUUUGACGGAGUAGAUUCUGAGAUGCAAUUAUGUGGAGAGAUGAUGAAGAAGACCUGGAACGAAGGAUUGUUUGUUGAUGGAGAAGAUGGAGAUAUGCGUAUUAGACAGAAACAAGUGAUGGACAUGAGUGAAGAUACCAAUAUGAGGAUGAAGAAGGAGGAUGAAGAAAGAUUUAAUCCGUAUGACGAUAAUUCAGGAACAACAGUAUGUUUGAAGCAAGAAGGAUUUAUUGUUAUUUCGGCAGACACAAGGCACUCUUCAAGCAUGGGCAUAAACUCACGUGAGAUGUCGAAGAUAUACCGGCUUGGUGAUUUUUUUCUGACAGCAACUGGAUUUUAUGCAGAUGGGCAUGAAGUGUAUGUGAAGAUGAUGUAUGAGAUCAAGAAGUACGAGGGGGAUGGUCGAAUGAGUAUACACAGUGCAGCGAAUAUGCUCUCGAAGAUUCUGUACUCAAAGAGGUUUUUCCCAUACUAUGCGUUUUGUACGCUGAGUGGAUUUGAAGGUAGAAAGCCAUAUGUAUAUGGAUAUGAUCCAUUGGGAUCGUUUGGAUCUGUGACUUGUAUUUGCAAUGGAAGUGGAAAGCCUAUGAUACAGCCGCUUCUUGAUUCGUUUAUUGACAAGAAGAACUGGUACGGUGCAAGCAGCACGAAUGUGAGUGAGGAGGAUUGUGUAAGGCUUGUUGCAAAGGCAUUUAAUGCAGCAGCCGAGAGGGAUGUGAAGACGAAGGACGGAUUGGAAGUGUAUGUUUUGAGGGAUGGGAGUGUUGAAAGAAGGAUGAUUGCGUUGAGAAGAGAUUAA